AUGGAUGGAAAUGGAAACAUGAAUUUGAGAAAUUGGGGUUUUCUUGAUACCCCAGCCUCCACUCUCAAGAAUCACCACCUGGGCCUUCAGCUAAUGCCCUCCAUUUCGGAAAAGCCCCUUUUCGACACUGCUGGGGCCCACAGCCACACAGACUCGAAUCCGACGGCCUCCACCAAUGGCGGCCCUUUCCACCCCCACCGCAUUACUGAGUCCCACAUCCCCAUGGACUACUAUUGGGUGAACCAAAACCACGAGAAGUACCUGAACAUAAUCUCCGGUUAUUACCUGCCGAGCUGCGGAAUCUCUCCCGAGACACCCCAGCCCAUCACAAAUCCGCCCAAACACGAUAAAAUUGCCUCCGAGACUGACCCCACAAGCGAGAAGCGAGAAAAAAGCCAUUUUGGGCCUGCAGCAAAGAAGAGAGCCCGCGGCCCGACCUCAAACCAGGCCCAGGCCCAGGCCCAGAAGGAGAAGAAGAAGAAGCCAAGGACCAAAGCCCCUCGGGCCCCACGUGAUGGGCCGGGCCCCAAGAAACAGGCUGAGAUCGAGAUCAAUGGAAUUCACAUGAAUGUUUCGGAUAUUCCCACACCAGUCUGCUCUUGCACGGGCACCCCAGAGAAGUGUUACAGGUGGGGUUCGGGGGGGUGGCAGUCCGCAUGCUGUACCACGAAGCUUUCUGUGUACCCUCUGCCCAUGAGCACCAAGAGACGUGGAGCAAGAAUUGCGGGCAGGAAGAUGAGCAUAGGGGCUUUCAAGAAGGUGCUGGAAAAGCUCACGCGCGAGGGAUAUAAUUUCUCGAGCCCGAUUGAUCUCAGGAGCUAUUGGGCCAAACACGGUACAAAUAAGUUUGUCACGAUCAGGUUUAUGGAUAUAGGGUCACCCAAAUUAAAGGCCGCGCCUUCUUUUCGGCGCCGGUUUGAAACGCCUACGGCUACGAGUAGUGACGGCGAGUCGGAAACUGAUAAUCUUCCCAGGUACACUAGCCUGAAGGACAUAAUCUUGACCUCGUCACCAAAAAAUGCCGACGACCCAUGCAACAACAUAACCAUAAGAAACGAGCUAGUGAAGCACGCGGCCUCGGCCUACGUGCUCUCGGCAACCAUUGUUAAUCCUUCCAAUACCGAGCAAAGCUGGUUCUCUUACGAAUUAUGUGAGCAAGUCCAUCAUAUUAGUUGCAUCGAGAUACAUACGUGUUGGGAGAUGCAUGUGAGGCUGCCGUUGCAAGCUAUGUGUCGGCCGAUAGUCGACCUUUUUCAUCAAGUUGUUCAUAGGAUGAGGAAUGGGUUAAGGAGAAAAGAAGUUGUAACAUAA